AUGGAGGCAGUCACGUCACAUUGUCCACUUCCAACUACUUCUCCACGACAUCUGGACGACUGGCUGGAUCUUUUGUGCUCUUCGAUCGCCAACGACAUUCCCCAACCUAGCAGCGGCACCGCCACGGACAGUAUCAAAGUGCAAAGUGAUCUUGCACACGACGACAAGCAAGGCACUCUUCAGUCCCAAGCUCAAGCACAACAUGCUGCUUCAUCGGAAUCUCAGAAGAGCACUCCCUCGCAGGGUGCUCAUUCAUCACCCCAUUCGGGCCUCUCGGCGUUAGCAAGCGCCGCUGCUGGUGUUCAUCCUGUCCCAGCUCACCUAGACUCGCCGGCGUGGUUGAACGAGGAAUGGCUGUCGAUCUUGACAGCCUCUCCAGCAGACUCCUUGGACAAUCUCGGACAUCAUACUGCUUCUUCACCGCCCGUUGCGACCCGCUCCGCACUUCCUGCGCUCGAACGCAUAUCCGAGUCUGACUUACAGCGGCGCAUACGUGCUCUGUGCGUAACCAAGGUCCAGCUCGAGUCAGUUUCGUUCUUCUUCAACGAAACAGCACGCUGCUUUCAUCUUUUGUCCGCAGAUACAAAUGUAUGGCGAAUCUUUUUUGCACAGCUCGCCUCUGAAUCCCCCGUCAUCCUCGACCUUGUGGCCUGCUUGGGUCUCACUCAUCUCAGUCUGGCCCAAGAUCCACGCAAAAAAGGCCUCGCACAUGCCCACUUCUCACGCUGCAAGACUGAGUGGGACAGCAGCGUUGGCACACUCGACUCUCCCAAUGCCAUCCUUCACGCUGCAGAGCGCAUCACCACUGCUCACCGGGUCCUUGAGCUUCUGGCUGGCACCAUCCUCAUUGCCCAUGUCGAACAGUUCAGUAGAGGCUUUGCCACCAGCUCGCGUGCGUACACAGCGUUAGCCAUCACGGUGAUUCGCAAGGCACUCUCUUCAAAAUCAGGACUCUGGCUUUCUGAGCUCGAUCAAGGUCCCGGAUCCGCCUUCAGAUUCUUUGUUCGCAUCCUCUUGUGGUGGGAGACCAUGUCGCGCACCAUGGGACCGGCAAGCGAGCAAGGUGACAUGUCCGACAUCUUUCAGCACGUCUUCCGAUGGGAAGAACUCGGCGAUCCAGGCCAGGAUCCCAUCGGUUGUUCGAUGCAAUGCGUCGUUGGAUGGCCCCUUGACCUGCUUGAAGCCGUUGAACGCACAACUCGAGUAAGCCGCGAUCCCGAGAUCUUGGCCUUCCAACCACCCAUUGCCACUUCGCCGCCGCUUGUCAUGCCUGCAGCGUCACUAUCGCAUAUUCUCGAGGGAUCUAUAUCAUUGCAACUGCAGCAGCAAGUCGAUGCCAUCGAGACACAGAUACGACUUGCGCGGCCCUCGUCGUUGGUGCAAGACGACAGCAUUGCUGCCGAGCUGCGAUACCUCAUCUUCGAGUGUCUUCAGUCCGCGUCGCUCGUCUACCUUUGCAGGACGAUCCUGAAAUCAACCGAUGCUGUGUGGUUCGAGGUUGACAAAGUCACUCGCUUCCUUGAACGCAAGCAGCAGCGCACCGACCAGGCAAAUCCUGCCCAUGCUUCUCGUUUCGUGACCGCUAGUAGUACUGGCAUAUCCAACGCAGAUUUACAGCUGGCGCAAGCGAUGGAGGCUCGAGGCAAGUGGUGGAUUCGAGCGCCAGACGGUGCACUGAUUUGGGCCUACUUUCAAUGUGCUUCCGAGAUCUUCGGUACCCUCGAUCCUUCUGCCGAGAUUCUGCCAUGCAGCAAGACGCUUCCAGAGCGAAUCCAGAUUGGUAGUGGUGACUCCGUUCCUCUGGCACUGGGCUCACAACUUACACUUGGCUCUGAUGUCUAUUGUGCCUUCGCACAGUCACGCACCGAGAGACGUCAACGUUGCCGGAGAUCAUUACUUCUAUGGGAGAGAUUCGACGAAACCCAAUGCAUCUUUCUCUGUCGCCACUUGAUCAAAGCCAUCUGGGAUCGGCGCGAUCUUUACGAGCAGCAGCACCUUCACUCUGCCGAAAAAGGAGCGAGCGAGACGGGAACAGAUCCCCCGAAAGCCCCGUACGAUCAGGUCUCUGAACUCAAAGAUAUUUGCCGACAAAGGCGUUGGAAGCAGCCGCUCAUCUUCUAA